AAACAGUGAGGAGGAUGGGGGCCACUUCCACGCCUUUGUAGGAGCCUGGGGAGGGUUCGAUCCCGCGGGAGCUGCCUCACGCGGCCCCGUUCUCCCCACGGUCCGAUGGCGGUACGGAUAGACCCGGCACAGGUGUUGGUGACUUUCAAGGAUGUGGCUGUGACCUUCACCCAGGAGGAGUGGAGACAGCUGGACCUGACCCAAAGAACCCUGUACCAGGAGGUGAUGCUGGAGACCUGCGGGCUCCUAGUCUCACUAGGGCAUCGGGUUUCACAACCAGAGUUGAUCCACCUGCUGGAGUACGGAGAGGAGCUGUGGACAGUGAAGAGAGGCCUCUCACAUAGCACCUGUCCAGGUGACAGAGCACAGCUUCAAACCAGAGAGCCAACCGCUUGUCUGCCGGUCUUCUCUGAGGGAGCCCUUCUCCAGGGAAGCCUGACUCAUGGAUUUUCAAGGGACUUCAGACUGGGAAAAUCUAGGGAUAAGGAAGGGCUUUUGAAAAUGCAGAAAAGUCAGAUGAAACUGGGGACAGACACCCACAAGGAGACCCAUACUGGGAAAAUGAGCCUUGAGGAUGAUGGUUUGGAGACAGAUGAUCAUCUACACUCCAGGGCGUUACAGGAGCAGGUCUCUUCAGGGGAUAUUCUCCAUGAACAUGACUCACAACGACCAGAGAAAGAUGCCUUGAUUCAUGCAGGGACAAACCCCUACAAAUGCAAGCAGUGCGGGAAAGUUUUUAACAGGAAGUGGUAUCUUGUUCGACAUCAGCGAGUUCACACUGGAAUGAAGCCCUAUGAAUGCAACGCGUGUGGGAAAGCCUUUAGCCAGAGCUCAACCCUUAUUCGGCACUACCUCAUUCACACCGGGGAGAAACCAUACAAGUGUGUUGACUGCGGGAAGGCCUUCAAACGCAGGUCAUACCUCAUGCAGCACCAUCCGAUUCAUACUGGAGAGAAACCCUAUGAGUGCAGUCAGUGUCGAAAGGCCUUCACCCACCGUUCUACUUUUAUUCGCCAUAACAGGACCCACACUGGAGAAAAACCAUUUGAGUGCAAAGAGUGUGAGAAAUCCUUUAGCAACAGGGCACACCUCAUUCAACACUAUGUCAUCCACACUGGAGAGAAGCCUUAUGAUUGCGUGGAGUGUGGAAAGGCCUUCAGAUGCAGCUCAGAACUCAUGCAGCACCAGCGGAUUCACACAGGGGAGAAGCCCUAUGAAUGCACCCAGUGUGGAAAAGCCUUUCACCGGAGGACGUACCUCAUUCAGCACUCUGUCAUUCAUACUGGGGAGAUGCCAUACAAGUGCAUUGAGUGUGGGAAGGCCUUCAAACGCAGGUCACACCUCCUGCAGCACCAGCGCAUCCAUACUUGAGAGAAACUCUAUGGGUGCAGUGAAGAUAGAAAGGCCUUCCCCCACUACUUCUUUCAUAGUGGAACCUGCACUGGUCAGCUCUUCUUAACUAAACAUAUGAGCAGUCACACUGGAGAGAAGCCCUGUGAAUGCAGUNUCAGCUCUUCUUAA